CUCGCCUCACUCAUUUCCUACCCGAAAUCCUCAUCUUUUCCUGCCUGAUUGCCGCUGCCGCUACACCGUCGAAAGAGAGAAAAUUCCGACAGAAUCAUCCCGUGAAGAUGAUACGAGCAGUGAUACUGAUGAACAACAAAGGGAAACCUCGAAUCGUGAAAUUUUACGAGUACCAGCCCGUGGAGAAGCAGCACGAGCUGAUUCGGAAAAUCCAUGGAGUCUUGUGUAGCAGACCUGAGAAUGUGAGCAACUUUGUCAUGGUCGAUUCGCUGUUUGGAUCGGAUGCUCGGCUUGUAUAUAAGACUUACGCCACACUGCAUGUGAUCUUCGUUUUUGAUAGCUGCGAGAACGAGUUGGCAAUGCUAGAUCUGAUGCAAGUUUUUGUUGAGACACUGGACAAGUGCUUUGGCAAUGUAUGUGAACUCGAUGUAGUAUUCAACUUUAGCAAGGUGCAUGCUAUUCUAGAUGAGAUUAUACUAGGGGGUCAAGUGAUUGAGACAAGCUCUAUAGAAGUGGUUAAGGCAGUCGANCCCCCCCCCCCCCGCUUGGUUGAGAUAUGUCUCUUUUUUCUCUUUCGUUUUGGUGGCUAUACUGACAGCUCGAUCUGCACAGGAUGGAAAAUGCUUCCACUUCGGUCAUGUCUAUGCCGAGAUGGCAAGGACGAUGAUGUCCUCCCAACAACAACAUGAGUUUUGUACCCGUUUGAGACCAUUAUCGAUGUAAGGGUUUUGUUUGAAAUGCAUGAAAUACGAAGAUAUACUCUACAUUAAUGUUUUCUGCAGGCUGGCUGAGAAGUUCAAAAGAGAUCAAGAUUUGUGGGCAAACUUUUGUGUUCAAAGUUCAAACAUUUUUCUUGUUUUUUCCUUUGCUACUGUUCUGCAACUGUAAUUCUGUAGUUGGGAUUGGCCAACCAAACCAGACCUCUGCAGUAUGUUCUAUGUAAAAUAUGUAGCAUAAAUUUCGAAAUAAAAAAGAAAGUGGCAAGUCACAAACUACAAUGAAUUUGUUGGAAAAGG